ACUUUGAUUCUGGUAUUUUCGCUGUUGUAUUUGAAGUUGUGGGGAGAAGCUAGGAACCGGAACAAGUCAGACAUGGAGGUUACCGAGGCAAAUAUCGACAGCUGUGGAAUAGAAGUGAUUCUUCCAGAGGAGGGAAAAACAGCGCCUCGUUGUCCGCAUGGUCCUACUUUACUUUUUGAGAAGGUUGGCAAUGGAGGCAAUAAGGGCAGGCGGUUUUAUGCAUGCUCAGCCUGUCGUGACAGGAAAGACUGCGGCUUUUUUCAGUGGGAAGAUGAAAAGGUGUCAAAAGCCAGGAUGCUGUCCAGAGAAGCAGAGAUGCUGUCAAAGAGGCCUCGGUUCACUCAGCAGGAAUGUUGUAGCAGGUUUCUGCAGUUUGCUUUGCUCCCAUUUAUUGAGAAGAAGUUCUGUGAGGAUUGUCAGAUCCUUCUCCUGCCUGCAGAGCACAGCGCUCACUCUGCCCACAGGACCACAGUGGUCACUGCGGCCCAGCUGAGGAGGCCCAGCAUCCUGCUGCGUCCGCUAGCCAAUAAGAAGAGCAACGCCCAGUACCUGUUCACCGAUCGCAGUGCACACUUCCUGCUGGAUACUUUAGCUGGUCUGGGAUUUAAAAAGGUGCUGUGUGUGGGAACACCUAGACUACAGGAACUGAUCAAGCUGAGAAAGCUGGAGCCAAUGAAGAGUUUAUUGCUGGACAUUGAUUUCAGAUAUGCUCAGUUCUACAGUCAGGGCGAGUUCUGUCACUACAACAUGUUUAAUCAUCACUUCUUUGGCGGAGAGGCCUCCAGAGCUAUUUUGGAUGCAUUUCUGACAGAGGCGGAUGGGGAGCAGGUGGUGAUGGUAGCAGACCCUCCAUUCGGCGGACUGGUCAAACCUCUGGCCAACAGUUUCUCCUUGAUUUCUCAAACGUGGAGGAAGCUGCAGAACUCUGGUGACUCUAACAUUGACAUUCCCAUCAUUUGGAUCUUUCCGUACUUCUUUGAGCCUCGCAUCCUGGAGUGUCUCCCUGGACUGACCAUGCUGGACUACCAGGUGGACUAUGACAACCAUCCUCUCUAUAAACACGGGAAGGCGGGCAGAAGGCAGUCUCCUGUCAGACUCUUUACUAAUAUUCUACCCAAACACAUUGUUCUGCCCCAGGAGGAGGGCUACAGAUUUUGCUCCAUGUGUCAGAGAUAUGUGUGCUCCCUGAACAAACACUGCACUAAAUGCAAUCUUUGUCCAUCCAAGGAUGGCCGUGAAUGGAAGCACUGCUCAGCAUGUGGGAAAUGUGUAAAACCAACCUGGAGCCACUGCGCAUCCUGCGGCCGCUGCGCUCUGCCGGACCACCCCUGUCAGCAGGCUGAUGGGCGUAACGGCUGUUUCAGCUGCGGCAGCCUGGAGCACCGACGGAAGGCCUGUCCUCUCAGAGAUAAGGGGAGGAAGAACAGUUUUGGGCCUAAAGCUAAGAGUCUAGGCAAGAAGGCUUCCUGAUAUCUAGCGAAGCCUGGAGCCAAAAAGAAGUGGAGCAGCAAAGAGAGCAAAGAAAAGAAUUGCUCAUGCUCUGUGAACUCGUUAUUUUUGUAACUUUUACAAAAAUAUAUUCUUUCCAUAUUUGUUAAAACUGACACCGUGUCUUGACAAAGUAAUAUGAGAGAUGAUCUGUGAAAUGCACCAUUCCUAGUCAAAAACAACCUUUGAGAGCCAGGAGGUGGGUCUUAAAGCUGUCAAUCAAUCUUGUGUACAUGCUGCUUCAUGUGCUAAUGGUGGAGAAACACCACCAAUUUAUUACUUGUUUUUAUGGUAACUAACCUGAUUGACAGUGCUAAGACCCUCCCCCUGGCUCUGAUUGGUUGUGUCUGACAAAGUGGUGUAAUUUUGCCAUUAGUACUGGAAACACUGGGAGAAGACAGAGGAGCUCAAUUUUUUUCACACAUGACCUGUCUUAUGUUAUACUGUUACAAAGAUAAUUUUUACAAAUAUGUAAAAAACCUAUUUCCUACUAAUGAUGCGUACUGAAUCUUUACCAGCUUCAAACAUUGUUAGAAACUAACCAUGUGUGUGGAAAAACAUAGAAUUGAUUUACCUGUACUUUUAUAAAACAAAGAUGAAACCAAGUUGGAUAAGGUUUGUGAAAAACUAGUUGACUGGAUAUUGUAGAACCCCAUCAGUGAUUGGUCCCACCACAUUUAAAUCAGGCUGAUAUCUGGGCUUUGACUUCUUCAUUGAAACAACUGAACUUUUCUCCAGUCAUUCUGUUGUUGAUUAGCCGCUGUGUUGGGGAUUAUUGUUCCCUUGAUGACCAGAUCCAGCUGUUGGACAGAUGGACUAGGGACUAACUAAAACACUUUGGUGUACAAAGGAUAUUCAAGUCUUGUGCCUGCAGAUAAACAUGAUCAUUAGUAUGAGAUGUUUCUGCUGAAAUGCUCUUUUUCUUUUCGUCUUGACAUGGUCAGACCUCUCAUUUUUGCUGUCAUCUGUCAAAACGACAUUGUGUCAGAAUUUAAGUUGUGCUGCUAUAUUGAUUUCAGAGACGAGAAGCCAAUCUUUUCAGGACAAUUGUCCUACAGUGUCAGGUUCUGUGUUUUUCUGUGUUUAAUUCUGAGUUUCUGUGUCCUGAGUUCUCCUAGUUGUCCUGUCUUCCCCUUGAUUGUUCCCAGGUGUGUCUUGUUCUCCUGAUUACCCUCAGUGUAUUUAGUCCCUCCUGUGUCCUUUGUUCCUCGUCGGGUCCUUGUCGUUGUUUGUCAGUUUGUCGUUGUUUGUCGUACUUUUGCCUUUGUCUGCCGUUUUGUGUUGUUUAGCCGCCUGUAAGACCAGUUGCUACCGGCGUUGAGCCCUGGCUUCCGCUCAGUCGUGCUGCCUGGCCGCGGACUACGUCUUUGACUGUUUGUUGUUGUUAUUGGACUAUUUUUCAUCAUUAAAUAUUCACCAUUCACCUA